AUGUCGAAAUCACCCUCGCUUCGUCGCAUUCAAGCUGAUAUCCGUGAAUUGGCCUUGGAUCCCUCUGAUCGCUAUUACGCGCAUCCUUUAGAACAUGACAUGUUUGAGUGGCACUUUACGAUAAGAGGAGCUGAUGAUACUGAUUUUGAAGGCGGUAUUUACCAUGGUCGUAUUCUGCUUCCACCAGAAUAUCCAUUCAAGCCUCCUCAUAUUCUCUUUAUGACCCCUUCGGGACGCUUUGAAACCCACAAGAAGAUCUGUCUCUCCUUCUCGGCCUAUCAUCCUGAAUUGUGGCAACCUGCCUGGGGGGUUCGUCUGAUCUUGGAAGCUCUGAUCAGUUUCAUGCCCACACCUGCAGAUGGUGCAGUAGGUGCCCUUGAUUGGUCUUCGGAGGAACGCAAGCGGUUGGCCAAAAAGAGUCGCGAGUUUUGCUGCCCAGGUUGUGGAAAAAUUGAAGCGCUCUUGCCAAAAUUGGACCCACACAAGAAGCAAAAGGCAAAUCGGUUCAGCAAGGAAAUUGAAAAGCUUCAACAACUUCAGCAACUUUCCGACAAAAAGAAGGAAGACGAGGAAGGUGAAGAUAAGAAGGAUGCGAAAGAAUCUUCUGGAGAUUCCAAGGCUUCCGACAAUCCGAAGGCAUCCUUAUUGACUACUGCUACAAGCACCAGUGCCUCGGACGACCAGAAACCCGCCGCAGCCCCGUCGCCAAAGUCCAGUGCAGCAGCUGUCCCCUCUCUGGAGCAAAGUAAUGUCACAGCCAGUAAUGCUACUGCAACUUCCGUGCAUGUAGAAACCGCGACUGGUGAUGAAAAUACUACGGAAACUAUUGGUUUACUGGAUGGCGAUGAUGGAUCCCGAGACCCAGGUGCCAGAGUCACAACAGCUGGUAUUGCGCAAGAAAACGUCCCUGAUGUUACAGGGCGUGUCAAUGAAGAAGCUGCUGCGGGUGCUGCUGUUGUUGAAGAAUCAAACUUGUCUUGGGUGUACGAUCCCAUAUUGAAUUUGAUGAUUGUUCUACUAGCUGCGGUUUGCUGGCUAUUGUGGCAAAAGUUUGUCGACUUGCGGCAAGAGCUAGCGACUCUCCGAGAGCAAAACUUGCUUUGGGAGUAA